GUGUACGGACGCUCACCCAUGACUACCCUGUCGUCCGCUUCAUAUAUUUCUCUCAGCAUAACUAAAGCGAACUCUGCGUCCAUUGUGUAGUGUAGAACAUCAAAAGAGUCUGUACCCAUAGUACACAUACUGGCAAACAAUGGUUGUCUCAUCGACGUUGGUGAACGUUGCCGAAGACGCGGAACUCCGUUUAGUUUCGCUCCUGUCCGAAAAAGCAGCAUCGUCCGAUUUUGCCGCUACGUGCGAAGCUUGCAUUGCUUCUGAGGACGCUGCGAAGCUGAUCCAGACUAUUGUGAGCGAUGCUUCAGCACUAUCUGCUUUGGUCCAGCACGAAUCGUCCGAAGAAGCCGUUGGAGCCUUUAGCAUUCUUGUGGCUCUCUUGGACAGUUCCACACAGAGUCUGACGUCGAUUUUGGACGCAAUAGUACAACAAGAUGGCGACAGUAGUCGCAAAUUAGCUCUCAUUUCAGUCCUUUACAACAUGAGGGCGGAUUCUCAGGAAAAGUGUACGAUUCUCUCCCGUAUGUUCCCCUUGGCUAGUCCGGGGGAUUUGGCGGAAGACCAGACCCUGGGUCGACUCUUGGUGGAAGAGUCCACUGGACUUUUGACGAAUCCAUCUAUUCCGCGCAUUGUAGCCAUGUUAGACUCCUGGAAUGUAAGUGAUUCAAGUCGACGUCAUUUGUACCGAUUGAUUGCUGAGUCCAUGUCGGGAACGAGCAAACAACGAUUCCUUCUUUUGUUGGUGGCGACCUACCAGAACCAAUCUGUGGAUGCCGAUGGCUUAAAAGUCGCGAAAGAAGUCUCUAUCGGAGCGAUUAGGGAUCCAAUUUCUCUCUUCACACAACAACGCAAUUUGAUGACUCAACCAGCCGUCCAGGCUCUCGCAAAGACGGAGCCUAUUCUGUCGGGACUGUUGCAAGUCUUUCAAGAAGGCAGGCUCACUGAUUAUCAACAAUAUUUGCAAAACAAUGGUGGGGAAGACAAGGUUUUGAAACCGUUUGAUCUCGACGUAGCAGCUUCUGAGCGUUACAUGAAAAUUUUAAGCCUUUGUUCGCUGGCUGCUGAGCAUGAAGAAAUUCCAUACGAGACUGUCGUGGAUACCUUGCAGACGGAGCUUGGACAAGUGGAAUCCUGGGUCAUCGCAGCAGUCGGGUCGGGGCUGCUCGAGGCGAAGAUGGACCAAUUGGUUCAAAAAGUUAUGGUCGAACGUUGUGUCGUCCGUCAAUUUGACAUGAAUCAAUGGAAGGUCCUGCAGAACCGCCUUCAAGCUUGGAAAAAGAACGUGGGUGGUGUGCUCGACAGUUUGAAGCAGAGUCAAACUAUAGCGGCUAAAGCAAAAUAAUCAAGGCAAGAAUUGCU